UUUGUCAUUGUCAGCUCCAGGUACUUCAUUUAUUAUUGUUCAUUGAACUGUUUGAAACAAAAAAAGGUUGUAUUUCAGUAAUAAUUCUAAAUUAUCAAAAUAAAAUAUAUAAAAUAAUGGUUUCUAUUUUAAUAUCCUUUAAAAUAUAAUCUAUUUCUGUGAUGUGCGCUGUAUUUUCAGCAUCAUUCCUCCAGUCUUCAGUGUCACAUGAUCUUUAGAAAUCAUGAAAAUAUGAUGAUUUAUUAUUAGAACUAUUAAUAGUUGUGCUACCAAAUAUUAUUUUGGAAUCUGUGAUCUGUGAAAGUGUUUUAAAGUUUGUGGUUUUACAGAACAUCACAGUUAUAUAUGACAUGAUAAUAAGGCCUGAAGUUAGGAAGAACAUUUUAAGGAAAAUAUAAUUAUAUUUUCAUAAUGAUUUUUUUCUUUCUCAAACCUUGUCUGUGGUGUAAAAACACCCCUGGCCAAACGGGGUGCAUCUCUUCCCCUCUUUGAUAAUUACUAGUUACCAUGUUCUGAACAUCACAUCCUUUCUUUUGUCGCUAGAUGUAAUCUAUAUACAUAUAUAUAUAGGUGGUUGAAUAAAAAUAUUUGGACAUUAUUUAUAAAAAAUUACCUCAAGUUAGCACCAGCAAGCUUGUUAGCUAGACAUUUAGCAUCAGCUACAAUAUUUACUUAUUUUCAUUACUGUUAUGAAUAAACAUGUCUGUCUAACGUUGUCUAGUUAAUCCAAACAAUAUACAUAUGUAUAACGUUACUGUUAAUACACAAUAUAAGAACAGAUGUCAUGGUAGCAUAUUACGGUAGCGGGGAAUUUGGACAUGCAUGAGUUAUUUUAUUUAAUCUGUGUUAGUUUAAGGUUAUUUUAUUUAAUUUUUUAACCUAAAACACAGAGACGCUGAUUGAUGUGUCUGCAUGUCAGCAUUUCAGUGGGCUUAAACAGAUCACUCUUUACAGCGGAUUUAGUUCCCAAACAACUGACAAUUUUGACCUAAAUAUGAUUUUCAGUUACAAUAAUUAAUCCUAAAUUUCGACAUUAAUAACUUAGCAACAUCAGACGCACGCGCUCUCCCGGUUCUUACUUCUGUAGACUCGCACUUAACGGUUCAUUUGAAUCAGUGAGUGGUCGACUCCAGAACAGCUGCAAUCGGAUCAUUCUAAUUCGUAAACGAAUCGUUUGGUGCGAUUCGCGAUCCGAUUAAAGUUUAUUUUGAAAAGACUCAGUUCGUUCAUGAUGAAUCAGACACCGCUUCUGCGUGUCGGAGCACGUGAUAUAUUAUAGGGAGUAACGAUAUGUUUUAUGAAAUGUAGUGAAGUUAAAAGUACGAUCUUAUGCUUUGGAAUGUAGUGAAGUAAAAGUAAAAGUUACUCAAAAUAAAACUACUCCAGUAAAGUACAGAUACUUGAAAAAUGUACUUAAGUACAGUAACGAAGUAAAGCUACUCCGUUACUGUCCACCACUGUGCCAGAGCCACAGGAAUCAGAUCAAAACAUGUCCUCUGACCUCUGCAUUGAGCUCAGUCUACAAGAGAAGCCUCAUUCUCUUAACCACUCUCUCCUCGUGGAGGAAGAUGACCUAGAUGAUGAUGAUGAGGAGCUGCCCAGCUUUUUGCAACAGGACAAUAAAAAGCCUUUGUCAAUCACAGAGGGACUUUGCGUGUGGUGCAAACUGAGGAAAUAUCCCUACUGGCCUGCAGUUGUUAAAAGUGUGAAUCAUAAGAACAAAAAAGCCAGCAUUGUAUUUAUUGAUUGUUACCUAAUCGACCAGAAGAGAAUUAGGAAAGGGUUUUCUGUUUCCCUGCGAAAAUUAAAGCCUUUUGAUUGUGAAGAACGUGAAUCUUUGGUGGACAUUGCAAAAGAGAAGUAUGGCAAUGCUAUCACCUGGUCUCUGGAACUGAUUUCAGACUAUAGGAUCUGCAUUGGAUGUCGAUCCUUCUCUGGCUCCUUCAUCGAAUACUGUAAAGCUGAUAUCAGUUGUCCAGUGCGGAGGAGGUACUCCGAAGGGAAAUCUGUGCUCACCUUCCCCAGUCAGGAGAUUCUGGGCGAGCAGUGUGACAGCUCUGAUAAUAACAUGGAGGACAUCAUCAUGGAAGAGCAAGAUGAGCUUCUCUCCAAGAAAGUGCUGCCCGACCGAUCCAAGGCUGCACGCAACCAUGCCAACAAGCAGUUGGUUGACUUCAUUAUCAGCCAAAAAGUUGAAAACCGCUUAUUGGCAGUCAUUAGCGGUCGUGAGUCCUCUAAAUGGAUGCAAGCCCUCCAGAAGCCUUCUCACCCAGUGGUUAAUAUCUACCUGGAAGAUGAGGAGCAGGUUGAAAAGGUUUACCGCUACCUGAGCACAGUCUGUGAUAGUGCCCCUCAAAUAAACACCUGUCUAGAAAACAUCCAGGCUGAACGGAUCAGCCUUAUUCUGGAUGUGCUUCUGCCCGAGGCCAUAAUCUAUGCCAUUGCUGGAGUCCAUAAGCUUUCCCUGGAGAAGGCAGAGGAGAAGUAUCGCAGAGGGCCGUGCUUUAGUAACAGAGAAAGGCAGGAGUUUGACAUGAUGAUUGAACAGCAGGUGAAGCUCAAGGAAAUCCCCUGGCAUCAUGUGCAGUGACGGCCCUUCUAUUUUAAAAAAAUCAUAUUUUUAUGAAAAGGAAUGUUUUCUUCAAUUUAUUGUCUUCCUAAUCAUAGUAUAUAAGAACAUUUAUUGAAUGAUGGUUGAACUGUGUGAUUGUUCAUGGCAAAAAUAUUUUGCUGUUGAUUGUAAAUUAAUCUGAUAUAAAAUGUUUUUAUCAAAUCUCUGAGACUUUAUGAGCUGAAUGGUAAAUCUAUGAUGCUAAAGUCAGCAAAAUAUGGUGCUUUUAAUGUGUGCUGUUUUAUAAGUAAAUGCCUUGUGCUAAUACAUAAAUACAUAAUUGAAAAAAUUAUGUAAUAUUCCUCCGAUUAACUAAAACACGUAUUUGUUAUUUGUUUUGAAAAUGGUGUGCUUAAGUGUGUCUUUGGGUGUUUGGAACUGUAACUGAACCCUGUCGAUCUGCAUUCACCAGAGGUGGGACCAAGUCACAAGCAAGUCUCGAGUCAAGACAGGCAAGUUCAUGUCCAGUUUCAAGUCCUCCACUUUAAGAUUCAAGCCUUAAACAAGUCAUUAGUGCUUUUUGACCAAAUGAGUGUCUCUGUAUUAUUUACCAUAACAAAUUUAUAUCAGGAAUGCAGGUAGAAUAUGUUUGACAUAGCAGUUCAAUUUAAGCAUUAAAAUUUUUAAGUUUUUUAAGGUAUUGUGCCAAAAUAGGACAAGCAGUGAAAAUAAAUAUAAAAUAUAUUGUAAUAAAUAUAUUUUAUAUGAUGAGUUGUAUUUGUAGGGGUUAUUAUAACUAUUUUUUUUAACACCAAACCCAUGUUCUGUGCAUAGAAGCUUUUUCUCCACCAAUGUACAAGACGCUGUUGCAUUUUACGGCAACUGAAUUCUGGUCUAAUGUACAUAAAAGUUGUAUUCAGGACUUUGCAAUUGAUGUUUAUCAAUAAAUCUUUAUUUUUUCAA